GUCUCUGUGAGUAGAGAGUGGGGAGUGUUGGUGGUGAGUCUCUCUGAGUAGAGAGUUGGGAGUGUUGGUGGUGAGUAGAGACAGCGGCCAUGUCUGUUGGGGUGGUGAGUUUUCGCGUGGUGAGUUUCCUUAUGCUCCUGUGCUGCUGGGUGGCGCUCACCAUCGCAGCCUCGGAAGAUGGAGACGAAAGUGGAGGAGGUGGCGGUGGCGGUGAAGGAGGUGGACGAAGAGCAGCAGCUGCCACGGAGGAAGAGUGCAGCGACUUCUCCAAGUUGGAUUUGGGAGACGCCUUCAGGGGCACUGAGGUGAAGGUUCGCUUCCUGCUCUAUCCCGCGGGUCACCGCCACGCUUGUGGCGUCCUCCUCAACGUCAGCGCCGCCGGGAAGCUCCUCUCAGCAGCCACGGUGCCCUCGUCCGUAGGUGGAGUGCAGGAAAGGCGAGUGACUUUCAUCGUCCACGGAUUCCGCAUCUCCGGAUCUAAGCCGGUGUGGCUCGACAGCAUGGUGGCAACCCUGCAUGCGGUGAGGCCGGAGGGCGACGUGAUCGUCGUCGACUGGAACCACGGGGCCACCCACCUCGUCUACUCCGCGGCCGUCAAGAACGUGCGGCCGGUCGCCAUGGAGCUCGCUCACCUCAUCCACCGCCUGGUGCGGGACGGGGAGGUGCUGCCGGCGCGUGUCCACCUCAUCGGUGCCAGUCUAGGUGCACACAUCUCGGGCAUGGCGGGCGCCAAUCUCAACGGAAGCCUUGGGCGGAUUUCAGCGCUGGAUGCCGCAGGCCCCGAGUUUGAGGAUCGGAACGCCGACGAUCGCCUGGACCACACGGACGCCGGAUUCGUGGACGUCUACCACAGCGACACCGACAUGUUCGGUAUCAAAGCGUCGGUCGGCCACGUGGACUUCCACGUCAACGGCGGUGAAGACCAGCCAGGCUGCCCCAAAACCAUCCUCCAGGGCAAGGAGUUCGUGAUCUGCGACCACCAACGAUCAUCGUUCUUCUUCCUAGCGUCGAUGCGAGCGCCGUGCAGCACGAUCGGCUUCCCCUGCGAGUCGCGGGAGGCCCUGCGGCAGGGACUCUGCUCCGACUGCGACGUCGGACCCAUCGGGGCCUGCCCCGUGCUCGGCUACUGGGCAGAGCGGUGGCUGCCCCCGCGCGUCAACUUCAGCGGAGUGGUCGCCUACGCAGAGACCUCCAGCACCUCACCCUUCUGUGCCGUCUACUACGAGGUGGAGGUGAGCGUGGGGGGUGAGGAGUGGUGGAGCGGGGUGAGUGGCUACUUGUCCCUCCGUCUGGUGGGGGCGAAUCACGUCACCUCACUCACUCACCUGUCGAGCUCCCCGCUGUGGUUCGGCCGUGGCGACUCGGUGCUCCGCGUGGUGGCGGUGGACUCGGAUCCUGGUGACGUCGGCGCGGUCCUCGCCACCUUUGGCCGGGCCGGCGUGCGGCACCGCUACCGGCGAGGCGCCAGCCUGGCCGUGCGUAGACUGCAGCUGUCGGUCAUCCCUCGCCGCGGUGCCCGGGAAUUUUUCUGCACGGGCGCUGCGACGCUGCUGGAGGACAAGGCGCUGGCGAUCCCCGCGACACGCUGCUAGGGAGGGUCGCGACCCCCUCCGCCUUGUCCGUCCUUCUGUACGUCUGUCUGUCCGUCCGUCUGUCUGUCUGUCUGUGUGUCCGUCUGUCCGUGUGUCUGUCUGUGUGUCCGUCUGUGUGUCCGUGUGUCUGUCUGUGUUUCCGCGUGUCGCGCGGGGGCGUCACGGAUGACUCCCGCGACCCGCCCGCUUGGCGCGUUGCUCGUGGGAGGCCAGCUGACCUCGUCGACCUCAGGGUCACAGUGCCCCCGACGAUUUGGGGAGGGAGAGGGCAGGGAGGGGAGAGACAUCAGCAGGAUCGUGAAACCGGUGCCACGAGGCCCUGCCUCACUCCCCUUGGCAGCAGACCCGCUAGCUUACUACCACCAUUAGCUUACUAUCACCGCUAGCUUACUACCACCACUAGCUUACUACCACUGAUAGCUUACUACCACCACUAGCUUACUACCACCAUUAGCUUACUAUCACCGCUAGCUUACUACCACCACUAGCUUACUACCACUGAUAGCUUACUACCACCAUUAGCUUACUACCACCAUUAGCUUACUACCACCGCUAGCUUACUACCACUGAUAGCUUACUACCACCACUAGCUUACUACCACCAUUAGCUUACCACCACCACUAGCUUACUACCACCACUAGCUUACUACCACCAUUAGCUUACUACCACCAUUAGCUUACCACCACCGCUAGCUUACUACCACCAUUAGCUUACUACCACCGAUAGCUUACCACCACCACUAGCUUAUUAUCACCACUAGCUUACUACCACCAAUAGCUUACUACCACCAAUAGCUUACUACCACCACUAGCUUACUAUCACCACUAGCUUACUAUCACCACUAGCUUACUACCACCAAUAGCUUACUACCUCCACUAGCUUACUACCACCGCUAGCUUACUAUCACCGGUAGCUUACUACCACCAAUAGCUUACUACCACCACUAGCUUACUACCACCAAUAGCUUACUACCACCGCUAGCUUACUACCACCACUAGCUUACUACCACCACUAGCUUACUACCACCACUAGCUUACUACCACCGCUAGCUUACCACCGCUUACCACCAAAGGCUUACUGCUACUGGCUUACUGUCACUAGCUGAUUGAUACUAGAUUACUACUAUCGGCUUAUAUACAUGUAAUGAUAAUGAUGAUUGCGAUGAUUGUGUUGAUGGUGGUAAUGAUGGUGAUGAUUGUGAUGAUGAUAAUAUUGAUGAUACUGCUGAUGGUGAUGAUAAUGAUGAUUAUAAUGAUGGUGAU